AUGGCUGUGGCAAUAAAAGAAUACCUGGAGCUCCAGCUGCUGGAAGUGGAAAUGCUCCUUUCGAUCGGGCUAAACCUGGAUAAGGAUGCAGUGCCUGUUGUGCAGCGCUACCUGAGAAACCCUGAUGGAGCUCUGCCCCCACAGCUUGAAUAUUCAAUUGCUGUUGAUGUAGGGGAGCCAAAGGUGACAGUGGAACUGCAGGUCCUGCUGCCUCACACGUAUCCUCACGUAGCUCCUCGGCUUUUCGCAAGGUCAGAUGCACUGCACAGGCAGCAGCAGCUGCAGCUCAACACCGCUCUGGCUUCUCACAUCAGCUCUCUGCCUCCAGGUGAAGUGUGUGUGUAUGAAGCUGUGCAGUGGGUGAAAGACAACACCUUGCCUUACCUGGAAGACAAUAAAAUCUCUUUGGAAAGCGCUACCAAAGAAGUGGUAGAAGUGAAAGAAACGCUGCGUCGCAUGUGGAUCUACAGCCAUCAUAUAUACAGGCAGGAAUUGAGGAAAAAGAUUUUUGACUCUGCAAAGAAGUUAAAUCUGACUGGUUUCUGCCUAACGGGGAAACCCGGUGUCAUCUGCGUGGAGGGACUCAGAGAAAACUGUGAAGAGUUCUGGCGUGUAAUCAGGUAUCCCAACUGGAAGCAUAUUUCGUGUAAGCACAUGGAGAACGUGGAAACAGACAGAGGCAUCGAUAAUCUUCGUCUCUUUGGGGCUUUUGAAGACUUACAGUUUCAGGCACAUGGUGAUUACGGCCUGAGGAACGACUAUCACAUGGAUCUUGGCCAGUUUCUAGAAUUCCUGAAACAACAUCAAAGUGGACAUAUUUUUCAGAUAUUAUUUGGUGUUGAAGGCAAACUUUCAGACAAAUAAGAGAAACUGUAAGGUGUUUUAAUUUUGGGCAGCAAGAGAUGACACUAACAUUGAAAUAUUGUGCCUUAUAGCUACUGUGAAAAGGGAAGCUGUUUAACAUACAAGGAGAAUGGUUCAAGUAGUUAAUCUGACCUUCUGUUCUGAAUUGGCACGUAUUUUUGAGGGGUGUUAAUUUAUUUUCUGAAACCUUAAAACUGGCAUUUGUCACUAUGAGCCACACCUCUAAGUGCUUGUAAGGUGAUAAAAAUCCCAAAUUCUGAAUUCCACACUUGUACCUGCUCACCUGUACUGUGCUGUCUGUUUCAAAGCCGAGGUGCAGCCCUGCAGUUACACUCCACAUACGAUGUCUUCUGCUGCUCCACAAAGCAUCUCCUCCAUCUUCAUUCAGCAAAGACUCGUGUCCAACCCCAGGACCAAGCUUUGCUUUUAAAUAAGGGGUGGGGGGAAGAAGAAAGAGGCCCAUGUCACCCUUGUAUGUGUUGGGUAGUACCUAUACAACCAUAUUGCUGAUAACACCGGUUUUGCAAUCCUUUUCCUAUCAUCUCAUGAUGUUCUGGUUAUAUUAAUAGUUAAUUUUUCAGCUGCUCAACUCACUGCAUUUUAUAUUUACAUUGGUUGGCCAAGCACCUUGAAAAUGUCUAAGAUGAGAUAAAGUUGAGUGUUUGCUCUGGUUUUCCCCUACUUUACAUGAGGAAAUUAUAUAAAAUGUAGAAAGACGGGAAAAAAGUAUAUUUAUAUUAUAUAUGAAAUAAAAAUGCAUAUAACUUUACUGAUAUUUCCUAUGUCAAAUUAGUACUGAGAGACCAGAAUUAAUAUAAUUUCCUGUUACAAGCUGCUGGAAAAAAGCCUCUGACUAGUUGAAUAACUGAUGUUUAUUAGAAAAUACUUAGUCAAAAAAAAGCCAAUUCAUAACAUUUUGAUACUCUCUUUUUGUCACCAACGUGGAGGCCAAGCGCUUCCAUGAACUUCAGUGUAUCAGACCAGUAGUUCUCUUGGUGGGGGAGAUGAAAUCUUAGGAAGGAUGGUCCCGAGGAUGUUAAAAUACUCUAAUUCAAUGUGAACAAAAGGUUCUGCAGGGUCAGUUCUUGUUAGAAGAUUUCACUCCUCCACGCAGGAGUGACCAAUAAGGUUGUUUUCUGGAGGAAAAUAUUCUAACCUUACUGUUGGUUAAACUUUUGGUUUUUUUUAAAUAAUAGCUCAACAAUUCAUGCAAAUUUUAUUGUGAUCCAAAACAAAUUAAAGAGUCAUUGUAUGCAUUUCUUAAUUUUCAUGGUACCAUUUGUCAGCUUAAGUUCUCAUUGACAUUUGUGACAAAACUCAAGUCAAAAUACAACCACUAAUUUCAAUAACAAAAGCAUUUGUCAAACUAUAGAAUAGGACGUCUCAAUUAAAAUAAUGAUACAACACAAA